UUCUCUCGUGAGCCCCCGCCCCGCCUGGCUCCUCCGACUCGGCCGGCGCGGGGCGCGGGGCACGGGGCGUUUGGCUGCGGGGAGGUUAUCUGGAGUUCUCAAAAUGUUUGCCAAAGCAACAAGGAAUUUUCUUAGAGAAGUUGAUGCUGGAGGUAACCUGAUCGCAGUAUCAAACUUAAAUGACUCUGAUAAAUUACAGCUUCUAAGUUUGGUGACCAAAAAAAAGAGAUUCUGGUGUUGGCAGAGACCCAAGUACCAGUUUUUAUCUGUCACUCUUGGAGAUGUACUCACAGAAGACCAGUUUCUGAGCCCAGUGGUCGUGGAGUCGGACUUUGUGAAGUACGAGGGCAAGUUUGAAAACCACGUGAGCGGGACCCUCGAGACGGCCCUGGGGAAGGUGAAGCUGAACAUUGGAGGCAAGGGCCUCGUGGAGAGUCAGUCCUCAUUUGGAUCCCUAAGGAAGCAGGAGGUGGACUUGCAGCAGCUCAUCGGAGAUGCCCAGGAGAGGACAAUAAAUCUGAAGAAUCCGGUGCUGCAGCAGGUGCUGGAGAAGAAGAAUGAGGUCCUGUGUGUCCUGACACAGAAGAUAGUGACGACGCAGAAGUGUGCGAUAUCUGAGCAUGUCCAGAUCGAAGAGAAGUGCGGCGGCAUGGUGGGGAUCCAAACCAAGACCGUGCAGGUGUCAGUGACGAAGGAUGGGAACAUCAUCAAGGACAGCAAUGUGAUGCUGGAGAUCCCGACUCCUACCACCAUCGCCUAUGGCGUCAUCGAGUUGUAUGUGAAAGUGGACGGCCAGUUCGAAUUCUGCCUUCUACAAGGGAAGCAUGGCGGCUUUGAGCAGGAGAGGAGGAGCGACUCUGCCUUCCUGGACCCCCUGCCCUUCCGAGAGUUUGUGUUCUGGGACAUGCCGGAUGCAGGGCAAGGGCCGUCUGCUCCGGAUGGGCCGCUGAGUGCUUUAAAACGAGCCACUCUGCUCCUGAAGAGGAACUUCCAUCCCUUUGUGGAGCUGCCAGAGAAACAACAGACAGCUCUGAACAACGUCCUCCAGGCGAUCCUGUUUGAUGAAGAAUUACUCGUAGUCCUGGAACAAGUGUGUGACAACGUGGUCAGCAGCCUGUGGCCCCCACUGGCGGGGCUGGGGGAGCUGAAGCCCUCACAGCAGCAGGACCUCAUGGUUUUCCUGAAGCUGGUGGGGUGUGGCGUGCAGGGCGGGUGUCCAGGCCCAGAGGAUGUGGUCAGCAACCGGAAACUCUUUUCUACGGCCUACUUCUUGGUCAGUGCACUGUCAGAAAUGCCAGAUAAUGCAGCAGCUCUGCUGGGCACUUGCUGUAAGCUCCGGAUUAUUCCUACACUGUGCCACUUGCUCCAUGCUCUAUCUGAUGCUGGCGUGUCUGAUCUUGAAGACCCAAUCCUGGCUCCUCUGAAAGACACAGAAAGGUUUGAGAUCAUGCAGCGUCUGUUUGCCUCAGCUGACAUUAACCUGGAGAGAGAGCAGUCAUCUGUAAAAGCUGUCACCCGGAAGGACCCUAACAUUUCCCCACUGAUUCUUUACAUAAGCCUGAAUGGACUCUGUGCUUUAGGCAGAGCACAUUAAUAGUGUCAUGUGUGGAUUAGAAGUGCAUUUUCUACAAAUUGAAGGUUGAUGGCAACCCCUUGUCAAGCAAGACUAUCAGCACCAUUUUUCCAACAGCAUUUCCUCACUUGACGUCUGUGUGUCACAUUUUGGUAAUUCUCACAGUAUUUCAGAGCUUUCAUUAUCAAAUAUAUUUGUUAUGGUGAUCUUUGCUGUUACUAGCAAAAAGACUUGUUGAAGGCUCAGAUGAUGGUUAGCAUUUAGCAAUAAAGUUUAAAAAAUUAAGUUAUAUACAUUGUUUAGACAUAAUGCUAUUGUACACUUAACAGACUAUAAGACAGUAUAAACAUAUAUACACUGGGAAACCAGCACAUUUGUGUGACUUGCUUUCCUGUGGUAGUCUGGAACUGAACCCACAGUAUCUCUGAGGUCUGCCUGUAUGUAUUCUCAGCCAAGGAAGGGUAUUUUUCGGCAUCAUUAAGAUACUGCCUUUGGGGCUUAGGUCACCCCCUUAAACGUUGAUCGAGGAAGUGCAUUUACAAAACGGUUUAACAAGUUGUGACUUUUUGCAUUAUGAAUCACUUUGAGUUUAGCCACCAGGUACCUGGUGAACAGAUUUUCAUAAGAGGCCCUCUUGUGCUGUUAACCCAGUGUCUGAGUUAGACCCCAGCCAUCCAAAAAGCUGGAGGAGGGUUGAGAAUUCUAAGCUAGUUUACAUUGAGACCUUGUCUCUGCAGAAAAAUGGGUCUAUCUAUCACUUUCUUCUAUUUCCCACUUUCUUUUAAACAAAAACAGAUGAGGCUGACACUUUGAUCCAAAAAUUCAUCUUAAAUUGUGAAUGCUGUGGGGAGGCAAUUUCUCUUCAUUGAAGGCUACAUUUUGGAUGUGCCGUAUGCUAUGCAGUGACUGAAAAAUGAACUGUAAAUGCCACUAGAGUACACAUAUUCUUCUGCUAAACAAAAUUAUGCUAAUAAAUAACCUAAUAGCAGGAUACCCUUUCUUAGGGUCUAGCUAUAAGCAUUUUAUUUGAAUUUGUCAUGCUUUGAUGAACAUACCAAUCCUUUGUCUAGAGCAAUGUGCUGGUUUUCCAUGCAUUCUGGAUGUUUAGUUUGUAAAAUACUACAUACUGUAUCAAAGGAAACUUCGAACUGUGUAUGUUUUGUUUUUACUCUGUUUUCAUGUCAUUCUAUAUAAAUAGCCUGGACUAUUUAAACACUGCUAGGAUCUGUCUUACUUUAGGAGCAGGAGGCAGCAGGGAUGAGGAAUAGCAGUUGUUGGAGAGAAACGUGCUGUUACUCAGCACCUGUACCAACAUCACCUACUUAAUCCCUUUCUGUGCUUCAAAGUUUAACAAAUGUUAAUAAGGAAGAAAUGAAACCCUUUCAUCACCUCUACUAAAAAUGAGACUAAAUUAUAUGCACAUAUUAUGCAAAUACUUACAUGAGGAAAAGGGAUACAGAGUUGUACACUGUGGUGGCAACAACAUAAAAAACACCUUAUACACAAAUUGGACAGGAACAAGCAAAACUCAAAGCAGUUGUGCUAAAAUGGUGGCACUGUACGUACCUUUUGUCUGGUUUUCUGAAAUAAAAGAACACAUUACAGACAGAA